AAAGAUUCCGACUUGUUUAACAUUAAAUCCACUCAAAUUGAACAUAUUUCAUUGUCUCUUGUUUCAGGUUUAGUCUAAAUUCAAUCAUAAUCUGGGAAACACACCAUUCUUACUGAUUUUUGUUUUUUACAGUCCGUUUGAGAGUUUUUUUUAUUUGGUCAGAAAAUGAGGAUCCGAGACUUUAUAAAGGGAUGAACCACGUGACUCCACUGUCACGCGCUCCACGUGCGCCUCUCAGGUCAUCAGUUCAGCUUUCUGUUUCUGUUGAAGCAGAAAAGGCGUAAAAACGGAAGAAACUCGGUCAGAACGCGUCGCGCGCUGACCUUUGGCUCGUGUUGUCCCCUUAGAGCAGCAGGAAAAGAUUAUUUUUUAAAAAUCUGACCUACUCCGGUGUCUCUUGCCCCUCUGGAGGCUGUGCACCCGCAGAUGUCAGCCCUUGUGGGGCUCCAGCUCGGGGCCCCAGAGGCCCUCAUGGAGUCGCGCCUCCGGGGGGAGCCGGACACUUCUCACCUGAAGAGCGCUCCCUCAAAGCCCGCUGAUUGGAGGGGAGACAAAGGGCUCUCUAAUGAGGCGGGGGUGGACGGAGAAGGCUCGCGCAGAGCAGCAGAGCCCGUCUGACCUGGGAAAAGUUUGGGGGUUUGCGCACUUUUACGCACACUUUCUGAAUCCUUUGAGGCGGCCUGGCGGGCCCCUCCUCUCGGUCUCCCCCGGUACCUUCAGCUGGUGUCGGUGUGGCCUCAGGCCCGGCUUUUGCCUCCGCAGACAUUCUCCAGAAAAUGGAGUCUGCGCCUUUAAGGCGCCCGACUGCCUGUCGCUUUGUGCUGCGCGCAGACUGACGCCCUCUGGACACAGUGGACACUGCGCGGCGGCACCAAACCAUCCUGGAGAAGUUCAAAGAGCAAACAGACGCGGUCCUUCUCCCAGAAGAGAAGCACACGACUUCCUACAGCGCCGUGAGGUGUUUCCAGAUCCGUGCUGGUGAGCCUUCAGGAUGAGGCCUGCUCAGCUGAUCCUCCCCGCCACUGCUGCUCUGCUCUUCGUCCUGUCAGGACUGUCUCUGACCUCUGGCUGCAACAAAGCCCUCUGCGCCAGCGACGUCAGCAAAUGUCUCAUCCAGGAGCUUUGCCAGUGCCGCCCCUCCGAUGACAACUGCUCCUGCUGCAAAGACUGCAUGCUUUGUCUGGGGAACCUCUGGGAGGAGUGCUGCGACUGCGUGGGAAUGUGUAACCCCAAAAACUACAACGACUCUCCUGCGACAUCCAAGAGCACGGUGGAGGAGCUGCACCGCCCCAUCCCCUCGCUGUUCCGCGCUCUGACGGAGGGUGACGCUCCCAUCAACAUGAUGGUGGUGUCGUUCCCCGUCGCCGAGGAGCUCUCACAUCACGAGAACUUGGUGUCUUUCCUGGAGUCGCUCGACAGCCAGGAUCCCAACGUGUCAAAGGCCAGGAACAGUCUCCAUCCCGGCUACGACAAUCAAGAAAACAUGUGCACGGUGGUCUACUUUGACGACUGCGUGUCCAUCCAUCAGUGUAAACAGUAUUGUGAGUCGAUGGGAGGGUCGAAGUACCGCUGGUUUCACAACGCCUGCUGCCAGUGCAUCGGGCCGGAGUGCGUGGACUACGGCAGCAAGGCUGUGAAGUGCUUGAACUGUCUCUUCUGAAGGCUGGGCACAUUUUGGUACCAAACCAGAGAACUGAGCGCAGAGGAAUCAACGACUGUUCUGUUAGCUUCCCUCCUUGUAAAAUACUCCCCUCGAUGCCUCCUCUACUCCUGCAGAUUGUUUUUAUAAUGCUGUUACUGUUCACUGUAUAUUUUAGAUGUUUUCAAUAGUGUUUUUACUAGAGGUGUAUAUGAAUAAUGUAUUUUUACAGUUAUAGUCCACUAAAUCCCAGUCACGUGCCAAAUAAAGAACAAUUUGGUGACAUGGAC